AAUCAUCAAUAAUUAAUAAUCGGAUGUUUGAUCUUAUCACUACUAGUGCAUGUAAUAAUCUUUAACGCUACUUCUUCAUGGCGUGUUUAGCGCCAACAACCCGAGCAUAAAACACCAUCCUCACUUUGGUAUAAAUACCUCUAAAGAGUGCCAAGACAGUAUUCUCAGCUUGCUUUGCUUAACUCUAAGACUUAAGCAACAUGGGAGCUUUGGUGAUUGCGAGUAUGUUCUUGCUGGGUCUUGCCACCACCAAGGCCAAAGAACUGCCACAAGUGCCCUACCAAGAGCCCCUAGCCCUGGCCCUGACCAGUAGAGGCAUGGUAGUAGCCCCCCUACAUAGCGCAUCACCUCCGGAACCACCAAAACUGGUCGCAACGGCCACUAACUACGAACCAUACCCAGCAAAAGACUACCAUUUCGCUGGGUAUAGUCCAGAAACCAACGGUUUUGUCCCCAGCUAUGCCCCACCCCAGCCCGAAGACGACUACUCCAGCGAGAACACCGAAGGCUUCGACCAGGAGCAAUUCUUCGGCGACCUCAAAGGCUACACCCAUUACAAAACCUCCAACAGCUUCAACUUCGAAGGCCCCCGUCAACUUGAAACCAUCAACACGAAAAGCUACCACAAAGAAACUGAACCUUACGACGUCUCAACCUUCGCCCAUGAAGACCACCAUGGGCAUGACGAGGAACACGCAGAAGUGCACUACCACCAACACAAACACGUCCACAAACACAACCACAAGCAAGAACACGUCCACAAGCACUCCGGCCAACACAAGCACGAACACGGACACAAGCACCAACACCAAGGCCACCACGAGCACAAACACGUGGGCGAACACAAGCACGAACAUCAGGGGAAACAUGUGCACAGCCACAAGAGCGAACAUGAACACAAGCAUCACGGGUCGCAUCAUCACAGUCAUCACGGGGACCAUAAGCAUGAUCAUAAGCAUACAGGGGAGCAUAAGCACGAUCAUCAUCACGGGCAUAAGCAUUCGCAUCAUUCGGAUCAUAAGCAUGAGCACCAUCAGGACCAUAAGCAUGAUCAUCAUCAUGAUCAUAGUCAUCAUGGAAUGCACAAGCAUCAGCAUCACAGUCAAGGCUCGCACAAGCAUCAGCAUCAGCACAAGCAUGAGAGCAAGCAUCAUCAUGGGCAUAAGCAUGGGCAUAGCCACAAGCAUAGCCACCACAAACAUUGAUUUUGGGGCAAUUUUAUCGAAUAAAGUUGGGUUUUAUUAACGUUA